AUGAUGACCAAGACCGUUGCCAUUAUCUCUGCUCUGGCAGUUGCUGUAAUUGCGAAUCCCACCAUCGGCUACGCCGGCUACUUCUACACGGACUGCACAACCCCAAGCAUCGAUGCCGCCAAUGCCUAUGCCGGAUCCUGUGUCAAUGUUGAGGACUUCCCCAUCAAGUCCUUUACCGCCUAUGUCGAAUCUGGUUCCUGUGCCGAUGGUACCUCUGCGGUGCUGAACACCUACACUGCCUCCGGUUGCGACGACUCGACUCUAUUUGAGACCGUUAGCGUCGAUAGCGAGAAGCAAUGUUUCGCGGCUGAUGUGACCCUCGUUAGCUUGAAGGCCGAGUGUGUCUAA